GUAGUUUAAAAAUGGCGACUGACAGGUACGCGUUUCCUCGCGUGCACGGCGCCGCGACGAGAUCAAACGCGACGUGAUUUUCGUGAAAUUAAAAGCAAGAGGUUCGUCCACCCUCUUCGGUUCAAUUUCAUUUAGUGGAAUCGUCGCAUCAGAGAGACCGUAAAAAUUAUGUUACGUUUUGAUCAAUCAACACGGUGACUUUCUCUCUCUCCGCUACGUCGUGUACUCGCGAGAUUCAGCUCCACUUUUCAGUUCAACUUGGCAAGAUACUAAAAUUUCCUACCUUCAUCUCGCCCGCUUUCCGAACCGAACGAAAAAAGAAACAAAAGACGAACGAAUGAACGAACGAACGAGUAAACUUCCGCAUUCCACUGGAUCGCGAACGAAUAAGUGAACGAGCAAGCGAUCACUUGCCGAUGUAAAUACAGCUGUGAAAAUUACAAAAAUAUAGCCAUGGAACAUUCAGAUUUAGUAGCAGAAAUGGUACAUGUAGAAAGGUUAACAACACAAGAGAGAUUGCAUUUGGCUCGUCACAGAAGACUCCAACAAUUGAAAGUAUGGCGUCAACGUGAAAAAGAAUGGCUACGACAUCAAACCAGACAUACAAGUAACAAACGUCACAUAUAUUUUAGUGACAGUGUAAUGCUAUUAGAAGCCGCAGCAAGAAAUGACAUUGACGAAGCAUAUGCUUUAGUGAGGCGACUCUUGAAAAAAGGAGUAAAUCCAGAUUCAACUAAUGAAGAUGGACUGACAGCUUUACAUCAGUGUUGUAUAGAUGACAAUGAAGAAAUGAUGAAAUUACUAAUCGAGUUUGGAGCAAAUGUUAAUGCGGAAGAUAGUGAAAAAUGGACACCAUUACAUGCUGCUGCUACAUGUGGCCACUUACACUUAGUUAAAAAUCUCAUUGCUAGAGGUGCCAAUUUAUUAGCUGUGAAUGCUGAUGGUAAUAUGCCUUAUGAUAUUUGUGAAGAUGAAAAAACAUUAGAUUGCAUUGAAGGAGAAAUGGCAAGACGAGGUGUUACUCAAGAAUUAAUAGAUGAAACUAGGGCUUCAAUAGAAGUUCAAAUGUUACGAGAUUUACAAAAUAUAGCUUCUAUAGGUGGUGAUCUAGAAUAUAAAGAUCAUCAAGGUGCUACACCUCUUCACAUUGCAGCUGCAAAUGGUUAUUUAAGGGUAGUUGAAUUUCUUCUAGACCAACAUGUUUCAACUGAUGUCGAAGAUAAUGACAAAUGGCAACCAGUUCAUGCAGCUGCUUGCUGGGGCCAUUUGGAAGUUCUUGAGUUACUAGUACAAAAUGGAGCUGAUCUAAAUGCAAAGAAUAAACACGAUGAAACGCCAGCUGAUAUCUGCGAAGAUCCGGAAAUUAGAGAAAGGAUAGUAGAACUUAAAACAGAACAAGAAAGUAAACGAUUGCGAGAAGCACAGGGAAGACGGGUACGUAGAUCUCAAAGUAUAAAUACACGUACUCAAAGCGUAAGAAGAACUUCGAUAAGGGAUAAAGUUUUGACUACAAAAAAAGAUGCUCAAGAAGAAGCUCGUCUUAGAUUACAAGCGCAACAGACAUACGUUGGCGGUUCGACUACGAAUGUUCCACAAUCGGAAAACGAAGCCAACGUACGAGAAAAUACAAGUAGUGAAACAGAUUCUAAUGUACCACCAACAGCUGCACGUAAAGCUCCUGAGGGGAAGGAUAAUGAAUCUUUCCUUCACGAGGACGUCGAUAAAGAAUCAGUUUUCUAUAUCACUUUCUUAUUUCUUUAAACGUAUUUUUCAACACAGCGAUGUAUUAUUUUUUAACUUCUUACGUGAUUGUACGUUCGAAAUUUUCUCUUGUAACAGUUGAAUUAUUUUUAUGUGCUGUGUAUAUAUAAUAUGUUUUUCUCUUUUUAAAAUAUCAUUAUAGCAUAAAAAUAUUUCUCCGAAUUAAACUUUUUGUGGCAAGGGCUAAAUUGCAUUGGCUUAAUUUUCAGUACUUCUUUGCAAAUAAUAUGUUAGCAUUUGGCAAAGCUUAUUGGUCGUUAUGUGUGAAGAGACAUUAUAAUAAGUUUAACAGUCAAAAAUCAAGCUCUUGUAAUGUUGUUUUUAUAUUUACUACUUAAAAUGUUCUAAGCUUAAACGCACAUUCAUAGUACACAAAUAACUUAAUACUCUCCCUAUAUAUAUACAAGUAGGAUGAAGACUUUUACUGUAACAGUUUCCCAAAAAAUUACUUUGUGAAGUAAAUAAAGUAUUGCAAAUGUAGCUUCAUUUGGUAAUAUUACUAGUAUUUCAUAUUUUACCAAACAGAUUAACUAAACUUGAAUCUAUAUUGUAAUGCAUCAGUAAUCAAUAUUCAAUGAGCACUCCACAUAAUACUUACAUAUCAUAGAAAGUUUGUGAAUUAAAACAUUAAACAUAUCGAUUUGCUGUAAUAUACAUACAUAUAUAUUAGAUUUGUGAAAAGUUCUGACAUAUUCUUUAUUUACUCGCAUUAUAACAGUAAAUUGUCAUGUUUAGCAAAUAGACGACAGCUACUGCUAUUUAUAGAUAUAAAUAAAUAUAUAUAUAUAUAUUUAUUUAUUUAUUUAUAUAUAUAUAUAUAUAUAUAUAUAUAUAUAUAUAGCUCUUGUUUUGUUUGCUUCUUAUUGAUUUUGUUCUGAUAACAAAGCAUUUUAAUAUUUACGAUUUUACGUGUACAUGUUCUAUAAUUUAAUGUUUGCCUAAUGACAUAAAAAACUUAUAUGCCAACAAUAAAAAAUAAUGUUAAGAAAAAUAGAAAUAGAACUUUCUCACAUACCUAACAUAUUAGUUCUGCUAAUGAUUAACUGUAUUCAUUCAAUGUUAGUUACGUACUCACGCGAUGUGUCUUCCCGUCUUUUAGUUUUAUCGUUAAAUGAUAAAGUCGUUACGAGGUCAAUUGUGUCACGACAUUAUGUUUCGUAUUAUUGCUAAUAGGAAUCUAUAAUAGAUUCCACAUCAAAUCAAUCAUACUGAUAAAAUGUAACAUUAACAAGCAUAAAAUUUGUCUUAAUUUAAAAGUAAAAAGUUAUACAAUUAAAAAUUUAUUUGAAUAUUUUGAUACAUAUUUAAAUUGUUGAUUAUUACUAUAAAGAUGUUGAUAUAAAAUGUUGAUGUUUAAUAUCAUAUAGCACACUUGUUAUCUUUUAAAAAUAAUAAAAUUUAUGAUGUUAUUGUAAUAUUUAGAUUGCAUACUAUUAUAUUUUAAUAAAUUUUAUUGCAUAAAUGAAGGUAUUAGUUUAAGAAAUGAUUGAUUUGACAAAUCUUAUUACAUUAUUAUAAUAAGAUAUGUUUGGACAUUGACACAGCUAAAAAUAGCGUUAAUGCAUAUGUCUAGAAAAAUGUUAAGUCAUUUUAGUGUUCCAGAGAAUUCAACUAUUAUUUGCUUUGUAUGUACAUACAUAUUUCUGUAUACAAAUAUUAUGUUUAAUGCAUACGAAUAUUGAAUUGUAAACUAAAUCUUUUGUGUUUUACAAUACAAAAAUUUGUAUAAAUGCAUUCAUAUUUUAAAACCUAAAGACUUAGUUUACAACGUGAUAAACUAAUAAACAAAAGUAACUUAUUAUCCACUUUUUAUCGGGGUAAAGAAGAAACCGAUAUGUUGUUAAAAAUUUUCUUCUUUCUCCUAAAAAAGAAGUCUGAGAACAUGAUAAUAAAUACGAUAGAAGGUAGGAGACGAAGGAUAAAGGUGUUUUUAUGUAGAAUAAAGAGAACAUGUUUUUGGUGCUCCGUCA